AUGGAGGGCGCGCCCGCCGCGGGCGCCGCGGGGAGCACCACCCCGGGAGCCGCCGAGGCAGGGGAGGACUACUUCUCGGGAGCGUCCAGCGUCCACCGCCUCAUGCUGAGCGACCGUGCCCGCAACGACGCGUACGCGGCGGCGCUCCUCCGCCACGCCCCCGGCAGGGUGGUGCUGGACGUGGGCACGGGCACGGGCUGGCUCGCGCUCUUCGCCGCCGCGAGGGCCGGCGCGCGGCACGUGUUCGCGGUGGAGGCGUGCGCCGAGAUGGCCGCCGUGGCCCGCGAGCUGGCGCGCCGGAACGGGCUGGAGGGGCGCGUGACGGUGCUGGCGAAGCGCGGCGAGGUCUGUGCCCGUGCCGCCCGCUCCUCUUCUGGAGACCUGCGGCUGCCGGGGGCGGACGCUCCAGCCAAGGUCGAGGUGCUGGUGAGCGAGUGGAUGGGCUUCUACCUGCUGCACGAGAGCAUGGUGGAGAGCGUCCUGGUCCUCCGGGACCGGUUCCUCGACCCCGCGGAGGGUGUGCUGCUCCCCUCGCACUGCACCAUGUUCUGCGCCCCCGUGGCCGUCGAGGGGCCGGACGGGGAGGAGCACGGCUUCUACGGGCUCGCCGGCUUCGACGAGGUCGUGUUCGGGCAGGCCCCGAAGAGGCGGCUGCACGAGGGCGCAGCCUUCACGCAGGACCCGCUGGGGCUCAGCGGCAGGAGCCUCGAGGGGGAGCUGUUCCAGCAGGGGCAGCCGAACUGCGUCCACGGCGUGCGGCCGUGGGACCUCCUGGCGCCCGGGGCGGCCUUCAAGCAGAUCGACCUGUACGCCUGCGCAGCCCAGGAGCUGCGCCAGUUCAGCUCGGGGGAGCUGGAGUUUCAGGUGGCAGGGAGCCUGCUGCCCCUCGCCUCGCACCUGGGCGCCGACAGGGCUCUGUGGGGGGGCGUGGCGGUCUGGUUCGACUGCGCCUUCCGCGGGCGGCAGGGCGGCGUGCCCGACGUGCCCGACGUAGUCCUGAGCACGUCCCCGCACGCGCGCCCCACGCACUGGCUGCAGACCGUCAUCUGGCUGGGAGCGGCCACCGACGAGGGGCUGGAGCCCUGCCCCGUGCGGGUGGACCCCGGCGCGCGCGUGCACGUCGAGCUCGAGUUCGAGCAGGACGAGGAGAACCCGCGCUGGUACGACAUAUCGCUGAGCGCGCGCCUGGGGGCGGCGGAGGCUGCGCCACCGGCGGCUGCCGCCGAGCCAGCUGCCGCUGGCCAUGGCGCGCGCUGAGCGCGCGCCUGCGAGCAACGGGGGCCAGCGCGGGGCGCUGCGCUGCCCGCCGCCCGCGGCUGCCAGCUCGUUCGCCCUGCUCCCGACGGGCGGC